AUUCAAAACGUCACACCGGAAAUUCAAGGAAUGACAUUUCAGGACAAAUACGAGAAUGGUGUGCAUGUGUCUGUGAAUAACUUUGAUAAAGGCUUGGUUUGAAUAAUAUAGUUAUAGUCUGUGUAAUUUUCGAAAAUAUGGCAGCGUGGACUUGUAGAAUUCUUAAGCUUGGUGAUGCACUGCUAAAAGGAACGGUCAGAAUUGGUUCCCGAGCUGGUACUGCAACAUUUGAAAGUGUUCCAGUUGUCCAGUGUGUCAGGACUAUCAAAACGUCUACAUGGUGGGAUGAGCAUCUUUCAGAAGAUAAUGUGUCCUUUAUGAGGAAAACUGUUAUGGAAGAGUACAAGCAACUGACCACAGACAAACUCAACCCUUUGAAGGACGAACCAUGGCCACGACACGAGUGGGAGGAAAACAGUCGAAGGGUGGGUCUUGUUGCAGUUAAGUUGGGAAUGAUGCCAGUGUGGACCAAGACAGGAGAGAAACAUGUAGUGACUAUGCUCCAGGUGCAGGAUUGCCAUGUGAUCAAGUACCUGUCUAAAGAUGAGAAUGAUGGCCGGUCAGCUGCACUGAUUGUAGGGGCUAAAAACGUCUCCCCCUUUUAUCGGUCAGAGGAAUCUAUGGAUAUAUUCCGGAAUGCUGGCUUGCCCCCCAAACAAAAAUUGACGACAUUCAAUGUCACCAACAAUGCUAUCAUCAAACCAGGCACACCACUCUACGCUGCUCAUUUCCGCCCAGGACAAGUUGUGGAUGUCACAGCCAAAACGAUUGGGAAAGGUUUCCAGGGUGUGAUGAAGCGAUGGGGCUUCAGUGGUCAGCCAGCCUCUCAUGGCCAAACCAAGACACAUCGGAGACCAGGAGCCCUGGGACCUGGAGGGGACCCUGCCAAAGUUUUCAAAGGGAAGAAGAUGCCAGGCAAAAUGGGAAAUAUUUAUAACACCGCCUUUGGCUUAAAGGUUUGGAGGGUCAACACCAAAUAUAAUGUCUUGUAUGUCAACGGCUCUGUUCCAGGCCACCGCAACUGCUUGGUCAAGGUGAGGGACACCAUUCUGCCCCGCCUUCUGAAGAAGAAUAAUGACCCGCCGUUCCCCACUUUCUUUGCUGAGGGUGGAGAGGAGCUCCCCGAAGACCUGUAUGCCGAAGACAUGUUUCAGCCUGGGGAGCCAGUCCCUGAAUAAGGCAGCGACCCGGCGAUGCCAAACAGCAGCACCAUCUGAGUGCUGGGCCCUUUGUCCUACUAGAAGCUUUGCUGUUAGACUGUCAUGAAAGUGGGAACACCAGGGACUCCUCAAAGCUGUGAUGUGACUGCUGACAGAUCUCCAUUCAAACCCAUGUUCUUGCUCAUGUAAUGCAUAAACAAACCCUUGAACAGGAGAUGUUCAAGGUAGUGUGAAUGUCUGGCAUCUAGUGUGGGAAAAAAAAUGCGUACACGCAAUAAAUGUUUGAUAACA